GUGGAAAACACUCUCAAUCAUCUUGGCUGAAAGUGUUUUGAAGGAUUUUGAAAACUACCUGGUUUUCUAGAGAGCACAUAAACUGGUGAAAUACCUAAAAUCAUGGUUCAUACCAGUCAUUCAGAUUAUCACAUUUUAGCACUCGAAUCAUUCACAAAUAAUGUUACCUCUUUGAGAUAGCUCCCAGGUUAGGCUUCUGCGUGGCAAACCCGAACCCCAUCGGGUCUGUCCCUCGAGACGGAACGAACGGGAUCGGAACGGUAAAGGAAUUUCAGGAAUCGGGCCCACGGCAUCAUUAUAAGUUGCAGAAAAAUGUUAUUUCGUAAGUUUUUUCGUUUGAUUGUAGGUACACUACAACUUUAAAUGUUUAAUUCUUGCAAUACGAUCAGGUAGAUAAGUUUAAUACCAGUAGGCGAAUUAAGUAAUUGCAUGUUAAUUGCAGUUUUUGUUUUAGAAAACUUGAUAUUUCGACUAUUCACGGUCAUUCUCAAAGUUGAUAAUGUACAGACAAGAGGUGACUUAGAACGGUACUGAAGGAUCUGUACCAUUUAGUUUUGGUGCUUUUGCUCGUAUCAAGGGUGAUUCUUUUAUUAACAACUUGUAUUGGUGUUAUUCGCUAGUGAGAAUUUCAAAGUCAUUUGGUGUAAUCAAAUGUUCAGUCGCGUAAUCACGUCUACCAAUGGCCGACUUUGCCACUACCAUUUGUUUUGGAUUAUCGGUUUUCAGUGUUUGGGUGGCCAGUAACUCAUCAAGCUCAUCAUCAUUUAACUUUCUCAUCGCAGGGGAAGCUUACCUGUUCCUUGAACGUGUGAAAAUUCUAAAAUGUAAAGAUCCGAAUUUUUUGUGUGUAAAUUUUCAGGUUUGACAAUGACCGUUAAUAGUCAAAAUAUCAAGUUUUGUAUAAUAAGAUUCUAAGAUUAGCUGCAAUUCACAUGAAACUACCAAGUAUAAAACCGUAAUUUUAUAACAAGCGAAGUUUAUCUGCGAUUCACUGAUCCUCGCCUGAAAAUGGCUUUUUAGCGAUGAUUUGGUUUUAAUAUGGGCUUAGCUUUUUAAAGAUAUAGAGAAAUCACAAGUUUUUGUUUAUUUAUGUAGAAGACUGCAUUAGAUGUAUUGAACGACAUAUUUCCUAGAAUUUGAUCGAUAACAUUAGCAGGCGUUUACUCAUUUUAUUUAAGCAGAACACGCAAAAGCAAAAGAAAAAUAGUGAGUAAAAAAUUCGUGUAAAGAAUCUAAAGUGAAGUCUAAAAUAAGAAUACCAUAAUUUACACUCGAGAUUCAAAAGGUCGUUUUGUUAUUUUAUCCAGUUGCUCAAGUCUGUCAAGUUCUUCUAGAAGAUCUUGAUUUGGAUUAAUCUGCAGGCCUGACAGUGGAAACGAUCGUAAAAUUUUAGAUCGUCAAGUUUUUUCAUUCUUCAAAAAGUUUCUAAAAAUGCGAAGGCUGUUGUACAAAUAUCUAAUCUACGUGCAAAUAUAUCUAAACAGGACGUCAAACAUUUUAUGGCUGCAAAUUCACUAUUAGCUGCUCAAUAUAUUGCUGCAUUUGCUUCUAGCGUGGCCGAUUCUACUGUUGAUCUUUUCAUCGUUUUAAUUUGGACGGAACCAUCAACAGUAAAAAUGAUAGUCGACACGUUUGAAGCACUUGCGGCUGCAGCUAAUUGUGAGCGUGUGGCUAUAAAAGUUGAUUCAAUAAGAAGUCCUAAACAUGCUGAUCCAGAUAUUACGAAUGAAGAUCUUUAUCCGUUGUUCAUCUUGGAUGCGAAACAAUGUAUAUCCACAAAUUCUCAACAGGCUCUUGUAAUUCAUCAACGCAAAAAACGUGUAGCAAACGUAUAG